CUGCAGACGCCAGGCAUCACCUCCCUCCUGCCCAGCCCUAGGGACGUGGCUGCUGAAGGAAUCCGCCCAGCCGCUGGGCUGUACCUUGUUGCCCCUCGCUCCAUCACUCCCGAGGCACACAGCGCGCUGCCGCGAUGCCAGAGCCAGAAAAUCCAAGAUCUCAGCCUCACGCAAACUCUUGUUGAAGAGUUUGAUGCUGGCAAAAGCGAAGGAGGAAUGGGAACAGGAGAUUGUGGACAAGCAGGCGGAGAAGGAAAGAUACCUGGCUGAGCGGGUCACACCACUGAACACCACGGGGCUUUCCUUGAGCCAGCUCCAGGACCUGUGCAGGGAGCUGCACGAGAAGGUUGAAAUUGUGGAUGAAGAGAGAUAUGACAUUGAAGCGAAAUGCAACCAUAACACUCGGGAGAUUAAAGAUCUGAAAAUCAAGGUGCUUGAUCUCAGAGGAAAGUUCAAGCGACCCCCACUGCGUCGAGUCCGUGUCUCCGCCGAUGCCAUGCUGAGGGCUCUGCUGGGCUCCAAGCACAAGGUGUCCAUGGAUCUGAGAGCCAACCUGAAGUCUGUCAAGAAGGAGGACACGGAGAAGAGCAUGUGA